AGGAGCCAGGCCGGACCGUAUUGUUCCACACUCGCCGCCCCGAGCGCGCGGCGCCGGCCGGGGAGGGCGUGCGGGGCUCGGGGCGCUCGGCUUCCCGGGCUCCCCCCACAACCCCCGCCGCGGGACCCCGCCAAGAGGCCCGAGGCUUCCGGCGCGCCCGGAGACGCCGCUGCCCGGGGGUCCUCGGAGGGAGGGGCCUGCCCAGGUGGGGCGCGCGGAGCGGAGGCGGCCGGCGCCGGUGGGGGCCGGGAAGUCCCAGCGGGCCGCCCCCCUGCAGCGCAGCCCCCUCCCCUCCCCCCACCGCCGGGUCCGCGGGCCCGGAAGCCGGGUGGGCGGCGCGGGAGCGGGGGCCCCCACCUCCCCUCCUCCGCACCCCGUGCGCCGCGGGGGGCCAUGGCCGCGGGUCUCGGCCGCAGCGAGCCGCCGCGCGGAUGCCGGGGCGCCCCUCCCUAGCGGGGCGCUGCCUCCGGGGCUCCCGGCGGACCGGCGGCAUGGGGGGCGGGGGGUCGGCCCUGAGGGUCUGCGCCGACCACCGCGGGGGCAUCAACUGGCUCAGCCUGAGCCCGGACGGGCGGCGCCUGCUGACGGGCAGCGAGGACGGCACGGCCCGGCUCUGGAGCACCGCGGACGGCCAGUGCUGCGCCCUCCUGCAAGGCCACGAGAGCUACGUGACCUUCUGCCACCUGGAGGACGAGGCCGCCUUCACGUGCAGCGCUGACUGUACCAUCCGGAAGUGGGACGUGCGGACCGGGCAGUGCCUGCAGGUGUUCCGGGGACACACGUCCAUCGUGAACAGGAUCCUGGUGGCCGACAACCAGCUGUUCAGCGGCUCCUACGACCGGACAGCUCGAGCCUGGAGCGUGGACAAGGGGCAGGUGUCCCAGGAGUUCCGGGGCCACCGCAACUGCGUGCUGACCCUCGCCUACUCCGCCCCGUGGGACCUGCCCGGGGCCCCCUGCGCCGAGGAGGCCGGGGGGCUGCUGGUGACGGGCAGCACAGACGGCACAGCCAGGGUGUGGCAGGUGGCCGGCGGCGGCUGCUGGCAGACCCUGCGGGGCCACACGGGCGCCGUGCUCUGCCUUGUGCUGGACACGCCCAGUCACACGGCCUUCACCGGCAGCACCGACGCCACCAUCCGCGCCUGGGACAUCCUGAGCGGGGAACAGCUGCGGGUGUUCAGGGAGCACCAGGGCCCCGUCAUCUGUCUGGAGCUCGUGAACCGGCACGUGUACUCGGGCAGCGCGGACCGGACGGUCAAGUGCUGGCUGGCAGACACGGGGGAGCGCGUGCGCACGUUUGCAGCCCACGGACACAGCGUGAGCGCCCUCAAAUACCACGCGGGCACCUUGUUCACGGGCAGCGGGGACGCCCGCGCGCGCGCCUUCGACGCCGAGUCUGGAGCGCUGCAGAGGGUGUUCCGCGGUCACGCCUUCGUCAUCAACUGCAUCCAGGUAAACAUUUACUUGUGGAAACCUCUGGGGAACGGACAGGAGGUCCUGAGAAUAAAAGGCAAGGGCAGGGCAGGCUCCAGCAGGAACCCCUCAGCAGGGCGACAAGGUGACGCCCGCCCUCCCGGCCCCAGCCUCCGGCAAGCACAACCCCGGCAGCUCCCCGGGGCUCCCGCUCCCCUCAGGGUGCCCCACAUCUGCCGGAGAGGCGCCCCCGGGGGGCGUGAUCCCCCACAACGCAGCUGCAGCCCCGCCCCCGACGUGCUGUGCUCGCACACGGCGGCCGCGCUCCGCUGUGUUCUGUCUCCCCAGCACUCCGCGCUCCCUGAGGUCAGCGUGUACUGACUGCAUCAAGAAACAACACGAUAUUCAAAUAAAAUGUUUUAAUGAAAAGAAAACUAUACUGCAACUUUCAUCACCAUCCCCUUCCUGCGUCCCUGCCAACCCCUGGUGCUGCAAACAGAAACCUCACGCAGAGUUC